UAAUACUAUAUAUAGAGUUACUUAUAAGUUAAUUCUUAUUUAUUUCUAUCUUUGGCGACACUAUAAAAUACUUAAUUCUAUAAUUCUGUAAUUCUGUAAAAUACAAAGCCUGAUUUUCUCUGCUACAGCAAAAGAAGGAUAAUAUUCUUUUGAUCAUUGAGCCGUUGAUAACCGUUUUAGGCCACUUGGUAAUGGACUAGCAGAAAAAGAUGAUUUUGUGUUGAGACAUUAUGCCAUUUAAUCAUUCUGUUGUAUACUUUUAGAUUUGGAAAUGUAUCGGACUAUCGCUUUUGAGGAUGGACCCAGUGAAAUCUUCUCCGUGGACUCGUUACGAGAGAGUAAAAUCGAAACAUUUCGAGGACACAAAACAUCGCGUCGCACAAUUUUGGUUUGCUCGCUAAUCCUGAUAGCAACAGCAGGUCUUUUAGCAACAUGGAUAUUUGUAGCAAGACCACAUUUUUACCCUAAAUUAGGGGUUUAUACACGUUCAAUUAGUUCAUAUGAAAAAACGGACUUUAUAAAUGAAAAAAGAAUUUUUAAAAAUUCCAGACAUUAUUCUCGCGGAAGAAGAGCAGUCAAAAAUAACGCAAUACCAGAUAGAACUUUUAAUAUUGAAAUUCUAACUAAUCAAAGCAACUUUCCAGUAAGCGACGGUCGUUUACCGCUGGACAUUAUACCGGAGGAAUAUUUUCUAGACCUAAAGAUUGAUGUAGAUUCAGAUAAUUUUACGGGAUCGGUAAAACUUAUAUUUACAUGUGAUCGAAAAACUGACAAAAUAAUAUUUCAUGGUAGAAGGAUAGUCCUCACCAAUGCAUCUAUCAUACUAGAAAAAAGAAAUGUAUUAUAUAAACGCCUAGUUUACUUAAAGAAAUUUGAGCUGUUUGUUUUGUUGUUAGAUGGCGAACUGAUAGAAGGAAAAAAAUAUGAAUUAAACUUGGAAUAUACUGUUGGGUACGGGAAAAAUUUAGCUGGCCUUUAUAAAAGUAAUUACACAAACCAGGGUGAAGUCAGGUCAAUAGUUUCUACGCAUUUUGAACCCACAGAUGCUCGAUCAGCAUUUCCUUGUCUCGAUGAACCAUUCUUUAAAGCCAUAUUUCAUGUCAGUAUCACGCACCACAAGAACUUAACAGCAUUAUCAAACAUGCCUUUAAAACAAACGAGCAUUGUUGACAACCAUACCGUGCAUGAUGAAUUUGAAGCUUCUGUGCGUAUGAGCACCUACUUGGUAGCAUUUACUGUAAAUGAUUUCAAAUAUAAAGAAACGAAUACAAGCAGUGGCAUCAAGGUUCGAGUUUACGCUAGAGAAGACGAUUAUAACAGAAUAGAUUACGCUGUUGAAGCUGGAGCUAAAAUUAUUUCGUUUUACGAAGAUUUUUUCCAAAUUAAAUAUCCCUUACCAAAACUUGAUCUACUUGCUGUACCAGAUUUUAUGGCCGGUGCUAUGGAGGAUUGGGGUCUAGUCUCAUUUCGUAGUGCUUACCUCAUCUUCGAUAAAGAAUUAAUGACUGUUGAAUACUUGCGUCAGGUAACGCUGGUCAUCGCGCACGAAUUGGCGCAUCAGUGGUUCGGCAAUUUAGUCACUAUGAAAUGGUGGAAUGACAUCUGGUUAAACGAAGGUUUUGCAAAUUUUGUCGAGAUGCUUGGUACCAAUCGCGUUAAUGAGGAAUUCAAUGCGUUGGAUAUUCAAGUACCGACUGGUUGGCAGGCAGCCAUAGGAUCAGAUUCGUUAAGAAAUUCACAUCCAGUGAGCCAGAAUGUUUCAAAAACCUCCGAAAUUGAUGAAUUAUUUGACACUAUCUCCUAUAACAAGGGCGCUGCUCUUCUGCGUAUGGUGCAAGGAUUUAUGGGAGAAAACUUUAUAAAAGGUGUGAAGUCAUACUUGGAGGAGUACAAAUUUUCAAAUGCUGAGACGGAUGACCUGUGGAAGCAUCUAUCAAAGAGUUCGGACAGCAAACUUGAUAUCAAAUCUAUUAUGGACACAUGGACAAUGCAACGAAGUUUUCCAAUUUUAACACUACACCGUGGUAAUGAUUCGAAAUUUAUCGUAUCACAAGAAUCCUUCUUAGAAGCGAAAUCGAAAUUACAAGUCGAAAACUCUACAAAUAUAACAGAUGUUGAUGACUUUAAUGCAAGUGUAUGGCAGGUGCCAUUGACGUAUAUAUCUGAUGAAUCACUGCAACCCAAAACAGUUUGGUUGAAAUCAAAAGAUACCAAACUGGAUCUCGACACCACAGUGUCUUGGAUGAAAGCGAAUGUUGAUUCUAAAGGUUUUUAUAUUGUGAAUUACGACAACAGUACAUGGAAGGCACUACAAAAGCAGUUGGUGGAUAACCACGAGGUGUUUUCUCCAAUAAACCGUGCUGGCCUUCUUCAUGAUGCGUUCAAAUUAGCUUGUGAGGAACUUCUAGAUCCAAUAAUUGCGUUGGAAAUGACGAAAUAUCUAUCAAAAGAAUGGGCGUAUAUUCCAUGGGCAAUGAUGCGUUCAAGAACUGAAUGUUUAUAUCCAUUGGUACACGAGAAGUCUGUCAAAUUAAAGCUAAAGAAAUACUUUUGGAAGCAACAAUCGCAUCUUAUUACCAUGUCACUGUUAGAUUAUGACAAUGACACUGUAAAAAGAAAUCUCACCAUAUUUGAAAGAUUACAGAUCAUGGAGUCCUUCUCUUUCGUGUUAAAACAUCACUUACGGAACGAUUACAGAGAGAGGGUACAGGACAUAUUUGAGGAGUUGGUACAAGGAAAAAAACUUCCCAUAACAGCUGAGAUUCGAGCCCUAGCACUGACAUAUGGAUACAACUCAACGAAAGAGAGUCAUUGGGAUUACUUAUGGCAGUUGUAUGUAAAAAGUGAAGUUGAUACUGAUAGGAAAAUCGUGAUGAAAGCUUUCGCACAAUUUAAAGAGAAAGAAAAAGUCGCGCAAAUAUUGGAGCGCUCAUUGGACAAGAAUACCAUGCGCGUGCAAGAUACGAUUCCGUUGCUAGCAAAUAUUGUUAAAAUCGGCUCUCGUCAGCAAGUUUGGGAAUUUGUUGUAAAGAAUUAUGAUAAUUUCAGAGAGAGGUAUGGUGGUGGCUAUCAGUUGGGACAACUCAUGAAUGAAGUUGCAGGUGGUUUCAGUACAUGGAAACAAUAUAGAGAGGUUAAAGAGUUCUUCGAUGCACACCCAAUCGGUGCGAAAGGUUCACGAACGGAAAAACAAAUUUUAGAGAAAAUUAGAAAUAACAUCCGACGUCAUGCUGAUAGAGAUUCGAAUAAAAUGGCGAUUGAAAAUAUCAAACAUUGGUUGGAGCAAGAAGAAAAUAAAUAGAGAAUAGAAAACGAAAUAAAGUUACAAAACAAUGAGACUCAAAAGUCUUUAAAAAGAUUAAAAAAAAUUAGAUGUAAUGCAUUGAACUAAAAAAUAUUAAGAAAAAAGUUGUGCUCAAAAAAAUUUUAUCUAAUCAAAAAACAAAACAAGUUUUGAUAAAUUUUGUACAGAAAACAUUAUAUUUAUACAAUUAUAAUUAUAUAUUUAUAUUGUUAGUUUGUAUUACAUAUUUUUAACACGUGAUAAAUAUAUUUAUUUAUAUCAA